CGUGUCACUGCUUGGUAGCCGUCUACCCUUCCUCCUUCUACGUGGUCCAGUCCAGAGUACAGCACUUGGACGCGCCGCCGCUGUUCUUCCCUUUUAUACUGUAAUGACCUCCAUCGCGGUCAAUUCCCUGGAUAUUGCUGGGGCUACACUUCAUGCAACGAUUCCAUGGUACACGCAUAUAUACACGAUUCCAUUCCUGUGUCUCUAUCCCCUUCUGGCGUACGCAUACUACAUCAAGUACGACCAAUGGCUCGUGAGUGAAGAGUGGACGUUUCUGGCAUGUGUUUCUUUGGGUGCAGGACAUGCGUUGAGUUUCCUUGUUACAAAAUGGAGUACCGGAGCAAGGGCUUGGAUAACAACGAGAAAGGCAUUAACGCUGGCCGACGCCGACUGCAUACGCAUUAUUCCCCAUUUACAUCGUGGAAAGGGCGAAAUCGUUCCCUUGCACAAGAAGGAUCCCCAGGAUAUCUCGACGUACACAUUCAGCUACCAGCGAGAUACAUAUAAUGUCUGCUCAACGUCGCCUCUGACUUUCGAGCGGCUUCCCUAUCCGUCCUCAAGCAAACCACCCUUGUCGACAUUCCUGGCACCUACCGGUCUAUCAUCGAAGAAAUUAGAGUCGCUGCAGUCGCUUUACGGAGGCAACGAAUUCGACAUUCCCAUUCCUUCGUUCACGGAGCUGUUUAGUGAACACGCAACAGCACCUUUCUUCGUCUUCCAGGUCUUUUGUGUCGCACUCUGGUGUCUAGAUGAAUAUUGGUACUACAGUCUUUUUACGCUGUUCAUGCUGGUGGUGUUCGAAUGCACUGUGGUUUGGCAGCGAGUGCGGACCUUGUCCGAGUUCAGGACGAUGUCAGUUGUCCCUUAUCCCAUUCAAUGCUAUCGAGAUAUGAAAUGGUCCGAGAUACAAACUGAUAAAUUACUUCCUGGGGAUGUGGUGUCUGUUGCCCGCCAGCAAACGGAGACAACGGUCCCGGCUGAUAUUCUUCUCGUGCAUGGUACCUGCAUUGUCAAUGAGGCUAUGCUUUCUGGGGAAUCGACCCCGUUACUGAAGGAGUCCAUCCAACUUCUGGAUGCCAAGGAGAACCUAGAUGUCGACGGCAAUCACAAAAAUGCUGUCUUGUUUAGUGGUACCAAGAUUCUCCAAGCCACACCUAGCACACAACUGGAAUCGCCGAUCCAGACACCAGACAACGGAUGUCUUGGCAUCGUCCUCCGUACUGGGUUCGGAACAUCACAAGGACAGCUUGUCCGAACCAUGAUAUUUUCGACAGAACGCGUGUCUGCGAACAACUUGGAGUCGUUCUUAUUUAUAGGGUUCCUUCUCAUCUUUGCUAUCGCCGCAAGUUGGUAUGUAUGGGUGAAAGGCAUCGAGAGAGACCUCAAGAAAUCAAAGCUUCUGCUGGACUGUGUACUCAUUAUCACCAGCGUGGUACCCCCAGAACUGCCUAUGGAGUUGUCCCUUGCCGUAAACACAUCUCUUGUCGCGCUUUCCAAAUUCGCUAUUUUCUGCACAGAGCCAUUCCGGAUACCUGCAGCCGGCCGGGUUGAUGUGUGUUGCUUUGAUAAAACUGGUACCAUUACGGCCGAGAACCUGGUUUUGGAGGGUAUCGUUGGCGUGGAUCUACAUGAUGCCAAGAAACUCAUAAGUGUCAAGGAAGCUUCCAGAGAAACAAUUCUCUGCUUAGCUGCGGCCCAUGCUCUGGUCAGGUUAGAUGAUGGCACUAUUGUUGGCGAUCCUAUGGAGAAGACGACACUUGAAGCGCUAGCAUGGGACCUUGGCAAAGGCAAUAUCGUGGGCCCUUCGGGCGCUGGAAACAAGCACCAGAUAGCAAUUCGUCGGCGAUUCCAGUUUUCUUCAGCCCUCAAGCGCAUGUCGACUCUUUCGAGCCUUCCUGGAGGUAAGACGUUAGCUGCGGUCAAAGGCGCUCCCGAAACGAUCAAGACUAUGCUUUCUUCUGUUCCUGACCACUACGAUGACACGUAUAAAUGGUUUACGAGGAACGGAAGCCGUGUUUUGGCGCUCGGAAUGAAGGAGAUGGAUCCGAUGUCGGUGGACAAGAUUAACAAGUUCCCUCGAGAACAAGUCGAAAGCAAUCUCACCUUUGCUGGUUUCUUAGUCUUCCAUUGUCCCCUGAAAUCCGAUGCGGUUGACGUGCUCAAGAUGCUGGCAGACUCGUCUCACCGAUGUGUUAUGAUUACCGGCGACAACCCUUUGACGGCAGUUCAUGUUGCCAGGGAUGUCGAAAUUGUUGACCGUGAGGCUCUGAUCCUUGAUCUGAAGGAAGAUGCCGAACAUGAAACUGACCUCGUAUGGCGUACGGUGGACGAGAGCAAAAUUAUCCCCGUCAAUCCGGAAGACCCUAUCGAUACAUCCUUGUUUGAGGAGUACGAUAUCUGCAUCACAGGAGCUGCUAUGAAGCAAUAUGAGAACCGUCCUGCUUGGAAGGAUCUCGUGCAGAACACAUGGGUCUAUGCCCGUGUGUCUCCUGCCCAAAAGGAAUAUAUUCUCACGACACUCAAAACUCUGGGAUAUAUCACUCUCAUGGCUGGUGACGGUACCAACGAUGUUGGGGCGCUGAAGCAGGCACAUGUAGGUGUAGCUUUGUUGGACGGGACGCCUGAAGACCUCCAGAAGAUUGCGGAGCAUCAGAAGUUUGAACGUAUUAAGAAGGUUUAUGAGAGCCAGUUGAAGAUAUCUGCGAGGUUCAACCAACCGCCUCCUCCUGUGCCGCCUGCUAUCGCGCAUCUUUUCCCUGAUGCCGUUCAGGCUCAGCAGCAGGCCGCAGCUGAUUUACAGGUUGCUCGAAAGAGAAACCCCAUGGAAAAGUUCGAUUUGGCCGGUAUCACGGACAAGCUCGCAGAAAUGGAGGGUGAAGAUGACGUUCCUAAGAUUAAACUGGGUGACGCCUCCUGUGCGGCUCCGUUCACGUCGAAGCUAUCUCAUGUAUCAGCCAUCGCGCAUAUUAUUCGACAAGGUCGUUGUACCCUUGUCGCGACAAUCCAGAUGUACAAGAUUCUAGCGCUGAACUGUCUGAUUACCGCGUACAGUUUGAGUGUCCAGUAUCUGGACGGAAUCAAAUAUGGAGACUAUCAGGUUACAAUCACGGGCAUGCUGAUGUCGGUCUGCUUCCUGUGUAUAUCUCGCGCUAAGCCGGUGGAUAAAUUAUCCCGAGAGCGUCCAUUGGGCAAUAUCUUCAAUUUCUAUGUUCUGUUGUCUAUCCUCCUCCAGUUUGCACUGCACAUAGCGACGCUCGUCUAUAUCACAGAGCUGUCGCGUGCCUUCGAGGAGCGUGGUCCCAUCGACCUCGAGGCUAAAUUCGAGCCAAGCCUUUUGAACACUGCCAUCUACCUCUUGGGACUAUCGCAGCAAGUCUCUACGUUUGCCAUCAACUUCCAGGGUCGUCCAUUCCGCGAAGGUAUUAGCGAGAACAAUGCGCUGUGGUGGGGACUCGUUUCUGCAAGCGCCGUCGCCUUCUCUGGUGCCACUGACUUUAUGCCUGAACUGAACCGAUGGCUCCAGAUCGUGGAGAUGGAAACUUCUUUCAAAGUUAGAUUGACUACAAGCAUGAUUGUUGACUUUGCUGGAUGCUGGGCCAUUGAGAUCGCGUGCAAGUAUCUGUUUGCCGAACUUGAACCCAAGAAGAUGGUGACACGCGGAAGGGAGAGGCGGGAACAACGCCGCGCUCAGCAGGAGGUGGAAAAGGCUAAUAGUAUCGCGGAGUCAGAGGCUAAGAAAAACGUGUAAAUACGGCCUUGGGGAUAGUUACUAUACGAUAUUAUUAGAAAUAGUACAUAGGUGCGACUAGUGUGGAAAUAAUGCUAGAUGUAGGCGUAAUUGCAGAGGCCUGCUCAUCGCUGUCUUACAUAGAACACGUACAGCAAUAUUGAUCAUGGAAGUGAGACAACCUGCAUUCUCAACACUAGAC